UUUUCAAGAUGUGGUUUUCAUUAAAAAAUAAUUUAAGGAAUGAUGCAAACUUUAUUAAAUAAGUGACAUAAAACUGAUUGAAAGUGUAUAUAAACCAGUUAAUAACUUUAGAAAAUGGCCAUAAAGUUCCUAACAUUAUUAGGAAAAAACUUUAGAACUUAUACUAGAUUGGAGAUUUUGAUCUAUUUGCUACUUCCCUUACUAAUGCUACAUUUAGUUUUUUUGCGAUGUGAUCAAAAUAACGAAAAUCCAGUACAUUGCUUUGCGCGUCGAGAUGGAAUGCUUGGGGAUAAUGUUAGACUUACUCCACUGUAGUAAGUACCCAGAAAUUACGUUUUUUUAUAUUAUUAAUUCAUAUCUUUUACAUGUUAGUAAUUCAAUGGAAACAAUCAAGAAAGAAGCUCCUUCAAAAGAACUUUUACUGUAUAUAAACCUACAAUCGGUGGCAACACAACUGAAAUCCGCUUUAAAACAUAUUUUAAAGAUCAAAAAAAUUACACAGAUAAAAUCCGAGGGAGAUUUUGAAAGACAUCUUAGAGACGAAAAUUUUUUGGCCGGCAUCAUUUGGAAAGCUGAUGCUAAUAAAACUGCUGUUACGAUUCGAUUUCCCAGCUCAUUGCGAACUAAGCCAACUGAUCUUUGGAAUACGGAUAGAUUAGAAGUAGAUGAUAAUAUUGCAUCGUCCAGUUAUACUAACGAAGGAUUUCUACAAAUACUAUAUGCUAUUAUUGCCUUUCUGAACCAACCAGACUUAAGUAAAUCUGGUCAAAACUACAGGGAUAAAGCAACCAUCGUAUCAAAUCCAUUUUUUACCGAUGAAAAAUAUAAAAAAGAAAGGGAUCGUAUGCUGAUGGACCCAAUUAAAAUUCCUCGUGAAUAUUUUUUGCCAUUUUACUUGGGUAUCUUAUAUAUUUAUCCUUUCGUUCGAUUAGUUAUGGUAAACACGUAUCUUUAAUAAUUAUUUUUUUAAAACUAUUUAUAUUUAUUUAUCAUUUCAGCAUAUGCAGAGAGAAAAGACUAAACAACAAGUAGAUUUGAUGAAUUUAGCCGGUUCAAAUCGAUUUCUACACUACCUCUCAUGGUUCUUUUCUACUUUUAUUAUACUAACUCUGAUUAAUUUUUUAACUAUAUUUAUAUUAAAGUGGAGUCAUAUAUUUCACGGAGAUAAUACUUUUAGCCUUCCUCCAAAUAAUGAUAAUAUUAUUUACAAUUUUGUGGAUAUUAUAAUAAUAAUGUUAAUAGUGGCAUUUAUAUCUUUGCUGCUCUGCUUACUGAUCGAAUUGUGUUUACCGGGAAGAUAUGGAAUUUCUAGAUGUCGAAAAUCAAAAUCAAAUAGGUAUUCGGAUCAUCAAUCCCCGGCAAUCGUUCAAACAAAUAUGGUGAGGAAAUGGCAAAAAGGAAAAGCUCCUUUAAAAAAUUUCACUAUGAAUAUGUACGAUGAUCAAAUAACAGUUUUAUUGGGUCUCUCCGAUUCCGGAAAGUCAGCUGCUAUUAACUCUAUCACAGGUAGCAUUCCUCCGCAAUCCGGAUGGGUAAAAGUAGACAAUCGAAAUAUUAUCGAACGCCGCAGAUACUCCAGGCCUUCUUUGGGACUAUCUCCACAGCACAAUGCCUUAUUUAAAUCCUUGACGGUUAAACAACAUAUGAACUUUUAUUCAUCGCUGCGAAAUACCCCAAGAAAGUAUAGAAGUCAGUCUAUUAACUACUUAAGAGUAUUGGACUUGUGGACUGUAAGGGAUGUGAAAAGUCGAAAUCUAUCGCUAGCGGACCAAAGGAAACUAUCGGUGGCAUGUGCCUUUUGUGGAAGUCCCCGUAUCAUUGUUUUGGACGAACCCAGUGAAGGAUUGGAGCCCUGUGAACGGAGAUUAGUGUGGGACUUACUGCUGACCGAGAAACGAUGUCGUACUAUAAUUGUGGCCACCUAUCAAAUCGAAGAAGCCGAUGCUCUGGCCGAUCGAGUGGCUAUAUUAUGCGAUGGGCAAUUAAUAUUCAAUGGAUCUUCUGUCUUCUUGAAGAACUCUUACGGAUCGGGAUAUCAGUUGGUAUGUUCACAGGGUGAAAUCUUUCCUGAACAGCAGAUAACCUCCUUGGUUUCUAAAUAUAUUCCCGAUACCAAUGCCUCCUGUGAUAGGCCUUGUGAAAUAGCCUUUAAUAUACCCCAAGAAAGUUGUUGUGGAAUUGCACCUCUGCUAAAGGAACUGGAACUAUCGGAGAGAUGCGGUGAUAUGGAAUCCAUUCAAAUCGGAACCACUCCUGUUGUAGAGAAAUUUUUAAAUGCCGCUUCUGCUGGCUGUGAUAAGCUAAAGCACUCACACUUGUCAGCCAUUUGGGUUGGAAUAAUAUACGUGGCCAUACUAUCUUUUUUAGCCCUAUUUUAUUUUAUAUUGCUCAUGCUCUACGAGAAGGGAUUUCCUUGUAAAAAGAAGAAAAGUUAUGAUUUUCCAGAGGAUGCUAAUAGAAUGACUAGAAAUGAGGUGAGAAAUCAUACUUUACUUUUGGAAAACGUAAGAUCAAAACGCUCAAGAAGGUCCAUCAAGGAUGUGACCUUUGGUCUAAGACCUAUGGAUGUUCUCGGAUUGGUAGGCGAAAGAUCUGGCAAGACAACUAUAAAUAAAAUGAUCAUAUCGGAAAGUGAUAUAUCCAGAGGUCGUAUUACAGUAAGAGGAAUCGAAGUUCAUGAAAAAAAGAAGAGUAAAUAUAGGUCUUUCAAGUACUUGGGUUAUUGUCCGCAGAGGGACUGCUUUGAGCCGAAUUUCACGGGUAGAGAAAAUUUGAAAGUAUUUUGCCUAAUUCGCGGCAUAAGAUCAGGAAAAGUACGGGAUGUAUCCGAAGAACUAGCUGAAAAUCUGAACUUUAAAGAAAAUCUAAACAAAAAGUCGAAACUGUACACUGUAAGUGACAAGCGAAAACUGAGUACAGCCAUAGCAGUGAUUGGUACUCCUCCUUUGAUAAUUUUGGAUGAACCCACGGCUGGCAUUGAGAAAGCCCAUCGAUCGGAUGUUCUGGAAGUGCUGAAAAGUGUUAAUAAUUGUGGCUGUUCGAUAUUACUAUCAUCUAAUAACAUUGAAGAUUUUCAAACCCUUUGCAAUCGAUUAGCUUUGAUAAAGCGCGGAAAACUGAUAGCAAUUGGUUCCGUUGAAAGCUAUAAAAAUCUGUCAACUAGGGGAUUGAUCUUAAUGGUCAAGGCUAGACCGCAGGCUAUAGUAGGGGAAUUGGGAUUUCUGCUCACCAACUUUGGAAGCGUUUACUUGCUAGAAGAAAUCCAAGGCGAUAUGCUGUUUUACAUUCACAACACAACCAUUCCUCUAGCCAAAGCCUUUCAAAUCAUAGAGAAAAACCGACAUCAGCUGUAUAUAUCAGAUUUCUAUUUGAAACAUGAAAACAUGGAACUAUCUUUUGUUACCCAGAACUUUAGGAUCUUGCGAUGA